CCCGCGAUUACCAAACAAAACUGGUCUCCUCAUCUGCAGGCAGGCUCCCACUCACAAGCAGCUGCCGCUUUGCAUCGCUACAAUUCACGCACCGAUUCUUCCGAUGACUUUAAGCCUCACUGAUUUCACCGCGCAAUAGUAAACUGCGACAAAAUCAUGGAUCCGAUUGAACUGAGUCCGAAUCCCCCUGAGACACCGGACGCGGCAGGAGGGAACCUGUUGGAAGCAACCCGCGCCCGCGAUAUGCUGUUCGAUGAUAUCCUCCAGCAGUUGGCUCUAUGCAACCUCUUCAGCGAUCCCGUGCGCGCUCCGACCAUCUUCCCCGUCUACGCCCACGACAACGAAUCCGCGGGAGUUGCGCAUGCAGGUAUUGUUCAUCGAAUUAUCGAAUGGCUUCAGAAAAUCAAGGCCAGAAUCAUAUCAGACAAGGCGGCCCUUCAUCCACUGGUUUCCAACAAGGAAAAUGCCUCAGCCCAUCGGAAUAUCCUUUCCAACCAGAUUCGUCUCCUUCCCAUUGGCAACAGUGCCGACUCCAAAGCAAACAAUAAUGCUAUAGACAAGGUUAUCGUUUGUGCCUCUGAUGUCCUCAAGCGAUACUGUGAGGAUGAUGUCGCCCUCGACUACAUCACAAGAAUCAGAGAUUUAUGCAAUGUCAACCACGGAAAGUCGAUGGAAUACAUAGAGACCGUGAUUCGAGGAGAAGUCGACAGCGAGAUCGAAACACCAGACUUUCAUCACGUGCUCACCGAACUCGCCUUGCUAGAAGUCAGGAAAUCUCGCCUCUCUGGAGAUCACGGCAUGGUUCCCGUUGCAUUGAACGGGGAUCACAGACUACCUUAUCUGUCAUUCUUUGGAAGCACGGAUCUCACCCUGAAACUGGAAUCUUCCACAUCAACCCCCGGGGCCGCCGCCCUACACAAGCUUUUCUUCAAGAUGCUCGAGCAGCUUUUCGUGGAGCACAAAGAUCUCGUCAAGGAAUGCAAAAAAUGCUACGACAAAGUGGCCCAGGAGCUCAACCUUGAGAAUGGGGAACCGUUGUCCAAGGAAACCUUUCGCAACUGCUUGGGCCAAAAUAUUACCAACAUGUACCACAGUUAUUGGAACGUAUUUUCGACAGUCGUACACAAUGGCAAAUACGUGACAUAUGCUGGUAAGAUUGGAGAGCACACCUUUCAAAUCUUGGAGGCGACCAAGGCAGACGAACGACAGAAAAUACUUCAAUGGGUGUCGGGGACACACAUCUCAGAUUCUCAUGGGGUAUACGGUGACGGGAACAAAAAGCGCGUCAACGGCACUUGCGACUGGGUCAUUCAUGACCAAAGGUUUCGCGAUUGGCACACCUCUGAUAAGUCUGAGAUCCUCUUACUCUCCGGCAGCAUGGGGACAGGGAAGACGUAUGCCACGUCAAGAGUGAUCGAUUGGAUUGGAAAAUCCCUCGAGGGAAGCGACUAUGACGAAUCUUUCGCUUAUCUCUACUGCAUGAAGCAAGAUAACGAGCGGAACAACCCUAAAGCGAUUCUGCGCAGCAUUGUGAAACAAAUUGCAAGCGGACCAUGGAAUCGUCGCGGAGAGAAUGUUGCCCUGGAUGAAGCCGUCACCGACAUCUGGAAGAAGCACUCAAAUGACCAGCUACAGUUUUGCAACACUUUCAGUGAGUGGAGAGACUGUCUCUUCAAGCUUGUCAAAAAGUAUCCCAGAACCACUAUCGUACUCGAUGCACUCGACGAGUGCGUUGAGUGCGAUGAAGACAAACGGGGUAGUUUGGUCGACCUCCUCACUACCUUAUCUUCUGGGGACAUGGGUUUUGUGAAAAUAUUCUGCUCGACUAGACCCGAGCUAGACUUGUCACAGCUGCUGAACAAAUAUCCUGUCAUUUCAACGAACGGCGAUCAAAAUCAGAAAGAUAUGGGGAUGUUUGUACGAAACAAGCUCGAGCAGAAUCUCUCCUGGCUCAAGCAUGAUUACAAGGAAAAGAUCUCUCGUGCUCUUGUGGAAAGAAGUCGAGAUAUGUUUCUAUUUGCGUCGCUGCAAAUCGAUCGUCUACUGGAAUGCGAAUUCGAGGAAGAUGUGGAGGAUCGACUCAGGGAUCUCCCACGGUCUCUGAAUGAGGCUUACAAGGACAUCUACAUUAAAGUCACAACGGAUCGUGAAGGGAGAAGGAUGAGUGGCACAAAGAAAUUCCUAGACAGGGCGCUUCGGUGGGUCUUAUGCUCGGCAAGGCCCUUGACCACCGAUGAGUUGUUGUUGGCGAUCUCCCAGGACCCGGAGUCCGAUAUCGUGAAACCCCAACACUCGCGAUUGACCGAAGACUGGAUUUCAGCGCGGUGUCGCAAUCUCUUGACCCUGGAUCCUAGGGGCUACAGCGACGAUGGCGAAGUCUCAAUCUACCAUCGUGGUGAUGAUCCACGUCCCGUGUGGCGACUGGCGCAUCAAGCGGUGGCCGAUUUCAUUGAAAACAGUGCCGAAAGCGUUAGCAAGGAUUCCAAACUCUUCGGAGAUGACACCGACUUCAGUCCCGAGUUUUCCCAUUACGAGGCCGGAAAGAUUUGCCUGAUGGUAUUGGUCGAUCUCUUCGGCCGCAGUCCCUCUUCGGCCGCAAAUGGCUCGUAUGGUGGACCAAGACGCAGCGAGGACUUGGAAGAUCUUUUCGAAGAUUACAGAGAUGAAAAUUGGGUACAUGUGAGACUGAAAAGGCCCCUGGUGGAAUACGCGAUCAUGGCUUGGCCGACUCAUGUGCGCGCGCACGAACGUUGCGAGUCCCCCCGCGCCGAUGGACUUUCGCGGCCACUAAAGCGAUUUCUGUGCGGAAACGAAGAUAUCGGGCUAGCCUACGAGAGAUGGCUGGCGCAUACGUUUUUCAAUUCAGUGUUGUAUACGGAUGAUUGGGUUCCGGUUCCAACCUGGUCUGUUUUCGCGACACGAUCGUUACCCACGCUCUGGCUAGGCAGACACACAUGCAUGAGGCCGAUUAAUUUGGCAUGUCACUUGGGCUUUAAGACCGUCCUUAGAGAGUGGUUGCAAUCUUCUGGUUCUGAGCAGAACUCUUGCUAUGAAUCAGCGAACUGGCUACCGAUAGUCGGUCAAAGUACGCCCAUUCGUUGGUCGCUGAAAUGGUCAAUCGAGUCGCUGGCAUGUACCCAUGGGGAGGCAGAUAUCCUCGACCUCGUUCUGGGGCGAGGAUCCCAAAUCAACACUGCUGACGAUGAUGCGGUGCCGCCAAUUGUUGCUGCAGCAAUUGCGGAUUCGGAACCGGCUGCGAAAAUGCUACUCAACCGUUCCAUUGACCUGGACUCAGCAUUUACAAGGAAGCACGGGCAUGUCUUGAUGUUCGCGAUUUGGUACGACUCGUUGAACAUGAUGCGACUGCUGUUGCACGACAUCCUUACUGAAGCACGAGAGGUGGAAGAAAUCCUAGCUUCGGCCCAUCACAGGUCUUUCAAGUCGCCAGACGCGAUUGAAAUGCUUCUUGAACAUGGUGUAGACGUGAAUACGUCCCUCAAAGAUUCAACUCUGCUGAUGGAGGCCGCAUAUAAUGGGUGGGAGGAAUUAUCCCGCCGGCUUUUGGAAGAUGGCGCGGAUGUGAACAAGCAGUUCCCGGGCCCGGGCGCUUGCAAUGCUCUUCAAAGCUGCGUAUCGCCUCACGAAGCCAAAACUCUGUCCAUUCCUUGCCUUCUUAUUGAGCACAAGGCGCGCGUUGACGGCCGGGUUGUCUCAUCCGCGCUUUCCUACAACUGGCUGCGAGGAAUCUCGAGCCGCCAGGGGCUUCCCCAGCUACUCCUCGACAAUAAGCCGCACCUCAACGACACUUGGCUCGAACAUGCAGGUGGCACUUGCGACGACAACGCCAUGAGUGCUUUGAUUGAACAAGUCAAGUGUGGCCACGUGAAAAACGUGCGGUUGCUAAUCAAGCAUGGCGCCGAUGUGAAACUGCGUGUGAAAGGGAAAUAUGAUGACGCCUUGAACACCGCUUUCCUAGCCCUUAUGGAAUGCAAGGAGUACCCCUUCGACCGAAUGAUCGAGGCGCUGCUCGAAGGAGGCGCCAGCUUCAAGGGUCGGUACGGCGACCGCCUUAACACACCGCUCGCAGGUGCCGCGCAUUCUGGUUUCGAAGAGAUGGUGCAGAACUUCCUGGACCGCGGCGCAGACCCAAAUGCCAUUUGCAAGCACAAAUAUAUCACCGCACUCGCUGCAGCUGUAGCAUCAGAGCAUCCCCGGGCACUGCAUAUCGUUCGCAUGCUUCUGGAACAUGGCGCCAACGUUAACGUCUACUUUCCAGAACCCGUUAAAAACUUCAACGCAGGGUAUAGUAGUAGACUUGCACUCGAUUUGCCCCUCUGUGCAAUUAUAUCACCAUUAGGCCAGCGCGGAUACCCCAGCGCCCGCCGGAUUCAGCGUAUGAAAACUGCGCUUGAGUUGGCCUCCUAUUUUGUGUCAAAGGGUGCAAUAUGGGAUAUCGACUUCGAACAAUGGAGAACCUGCUGCGAAAUGAGGGUUCCUGACUUCUACCGGGACAAUGCCGAGUCUUUCAACCAAAUAAUGAAGGGGCUGCGCAAGAACAGGGUCAUCUUCUUCCAGGACAACCCGGGGGCAGCCUCUGACGAACGAUGGACGAUCAAGGCCGCAGAUGAUGAGAACAAGAACGACAGGAAGCUGUUCAAUCGAAUGCAUGCAAUUUUGAACUGAACUAUGUGUGCAUAAUGAAGUCAGAUGUUAUGGACUCGAAAGAGACGUGUGUUAGUGAUAUUCUCACAAAAUUGGACGGACUGCCCACAUAUUCUACUAAGACGUUGUUGGUCCAGAAUUGGCCCAAUACCUCUCGGAUAUGGCAUCUUCAAGAUGACCCAUCUGGACUUGCUUCUGGCAUGUAAAGCCGCUUUCCUUUCAGAGUUUGACUCAGUCAGAUACUCUUCGAUCUAUACUUACAGCUCAGAAAGAGCACAAGCACGUUUCUUCACAAACCCAAAGACUUAAUCGAAAGGCAUGCCACUCAAUUACAAGGAUGGUAUCGGCUUUUAACAUGUGAUGACAAAUUUCCACGUGGAGUACCGAGCCCUCUCAUUAUGACAGUUAGGACUCUCUUUGAACGUACUUUCUCCUCCAAAGUACUAUAAUCAA